AUGGCUUCGUCGUCGUCUCAUUUCGCAAUGCUGACGCCAGACAACCAGCCGGCGCAGAAAUGCCUUGCAGUCCUCGUCGACAAGCAGCUCCUGGAACCCGAUCAGCUUAUCCUCUCGUUUGAGAGACUUGGUGCAACUAGAAGUAUCGACCUGCCUGUCUGCCCGCUCCGCUCACGCCGCCUCAAGGGGCGCAUCUUGUGCGAGACCUCGAUCCACCCGCAGUCCGGCGCUCUGAUGCUGCAGAAUCUUUCUGAAGACGAGAUUAUUGUUUACCUUGUCAGCGAUGAGCGCUCUGAUAUUAAGCUGCAGUAUCAGGAAAUGCAUGUUCUUCAUAUGCUUGUCAACUACUUCCGUAUUGGCUCUCUGUACUUCAAGCUCGAGUUCUGCGUCAAGGAUGAGAGCAUACAACUCGAGAACAAUCUAAUCAUCCACCGCGUGAUUGGCCAGGGCGCUUUUGGUCAGGUCAAGGUCGCGGUGGACAGGCUAACUGGACGCGUAGUAGCCUGCAAGACAAUUCAGGGCAACAAGCCCAGAGAAAUCGCGCUUAUGGAGAAUGAGCUUGCUAUUGCCCAAGGCAUACCUGCCAGAGCUGCAGGCCUGAUGCGCUUGCUCCGCUCGUGGUGCGAUCAUAACCAGUCCGUGCUAUGCUUCCAAGCCGAGACGGAGCGCAUGCAUCUCCUCAUGCCGUAUACGCCCUUCACCUUUCGGACUGCACCCUGGCGCGAUAUGACCAUAGUCACAAGGCUGGCCCUCUUCAGCCAGGUGCUCGAGGGGCUUCACAACCUGCACGCCAUGAACAUUAUGCACCGGGACAUCAGCCCGGCCAACUUGCUCAUCUUCUGGCCCCGUAUCUCUCCUCCUUCGGCUGUAAUUUCUGACUACAGCAAGGUCAAGAGGGAUCUCGCGCUCCGCGUCCCACAGAUAAUAAGGCUGCGCCCAUGGUUCAUCGAGUUUCCAUGGGAUGAGCUCCGGUGA